AUGGGAAAAACUGAACACAUGGAAGAGGCUGAUUGACUUAAUUCAAAAGAUACUAAGCCUGGCCCUAAUCAAAAGAGUUCUUUCAGAGGGCUUUAUACCUAUGCUAGACCUUUUGAUUAUUUUUUGAUAGCUAUAGGCUGCUUUUCAUCUUUAACAAUGGGCGCCGUCCAGCCUCUUUUCUAUAUUUUCAUGGGAAGCUUUUUUGGUGGUAUGGAAGGAGAUAAGUCAGUUCAAGAGUUUUAUGAUAAUGCAAAAAUUGUUUGCUACGAGCUUGUCGCUUGUGCAAUAAUUUUUGCUGUGACAGGCUAUUUAUCAGUCAUGUGUUUUGUUAACGUUGGAGCCAAGCAGGCUUUCUAUUUUCGUCAGCAAUAUUUCAAGUCGAUCAUGAAUUCCGAUCCUUCAUGGUUUGAUCUCAGGCAGGUCGCUGAAAUUCCUCAAUCCUUAGCUCAUGAAACUUUGAUGAUUGAGCGGGCUACAGGUGAUAAAUUAGUUAUAUUAUUGUAUACUUUUGGAAUGAUUCUUUCAGCAUUUAUUAUUGCUAUCAUUGAAGGAACUCAAAUGACCUUAUUUUGCCUCCUUUUUUGUCCAACUAUUAUUGGUGGAUUUUUUUUGACAAAUAAUGGCCUUGAGCAAAAUGCGAAAAUUGUAGACACUUCCUAUAAAAAGGCAAGUGGGAUCGCAGAAGAAGCCUUAGAAGAAAUAAAAACAGUAACAACCCUUAAUGGCCAAAAGCACGAAAGACAAAAAUAUUUGGAGGCAAUUAAAGAAUCACAGAAAUCAAUGUUUAGUGCUGGAUUAAGAACAGGCCUUGGGACAGCACUUGGAAUGUGCUCAUUCGUAGUGAUGAAUGGAGUAGCAUUUAUAAUUGGAGCAUGGUUUAUUAAUAAAAAUGAAUAUGAUUGGGUGUUAAAUGAGCCAUAUGAUGUCACUAAAACUAUUACUGUAAUGUGGGUAAGUCUGAUGGCUUUUGAUAACAUUUCGUUGUGUGUACCAUGCAUCAUGCUAAUUACUCAUAGUCACAAUUCUGGUCGUUAA